AUGGACAUGAAUCAAAUUUUGAAAGACCUUCCCAAGGAAAUGCGAGCUAUGCAUAUAAAAGGAGAAAGAGCAAAACGCGAAUUGGCUGAAUUGGAAAAUAAGGAAAAGUAUGCUGUUAGGAAGUUGAUGGAGGCAACAUUACAAAAGAAAAAGGAAAAUGAGGCGAUGUUAAAAGCGGCUCAAGAAAGCUUGGAUUGUUUGAUACAAAAACUUAAUGAGCGUAAGGCUAAAAGUGAAAUUUUGAUGAAGAAAAUCAAUCAAAAACGCAGAAACUCACUCAUGGUAGAUAUGCAGGAUAGAGAAGCAGCUCAAAACCAUGCCGAGAUCACUAAACGAAUGAUGGAAAAGAUACAAGAGCAAACUGAAAUCGUGGAAAAGCAAACGAUUAUACUGAAACGUUCACAUGGAUCCAAAGAAUCAUCCAAAUACUAUCGUUCUAAGAUCAACAAUUUGAAAGCAGAGAUUGCCGAUAAACAAAAUGAACUGGAUUAUGUGUUGAAUGUAUACACCGGCUUAGGCAAAGCUUGUCAAGAGAUGCAUCAAAAGAACGUCAAGAAAUCAUCGGAAUGCAAGGAAAUGGAUGAAAACGCUGCUGCAGUACAGUCUAGCGUCGAUUCAUUGAAUGGUGACAUAAAGAAAUUGACUUCUGAAUAAGAAACAACCUUUUUUUAAAAAAUUUUCAUGUUCUAUUUUAAUUUUAAUACAAACUUGUACGGUAGUUCCACUAUUUUAUUUUACAUUAUUUUUUAGGUACGAUUUUAAAAUCGUGUUUGAAAGUGUGCUCGUGUGUUCUAUAAUCAAGUAGGUAUCCCUUCAUAAAUACUACCUACAUAAUACUUUUUCUAUACUUUCUUCCAAUGGUGGAUUUUAAUCAAAUUCCGGAACUACCUACCUAUAUACCUAUUAAAUAUUAUACUGUGUUACUUAAGUAUAAAAAUAAACUGUCAUUCAUUUAUUUGCU